AUGUUGUGGACCCGCAUUUCACCUCUUUUCACCUCCGGAUGCUACGAUGCACAUCUUGCCCGCGCCGGAUACGCCAAACUUCACCCGGUCAUAUCUCUAGAACAUAGGUUGACGCGCUUUCAGGAGAAAAGGGUCAAUACACUAUCCUUUCACGCAGAUGCUAUCGAUGUCAUUCUGCGGUCCACUCCUGAGGGAAACGAAGACCUGCAAGAGCAUGAAUUUCAAGACGACGAAGACUCAGUCUACUGGCUUCACCUUCUCGAAAGCAUGGGCCCGGAUAUGGGGUCCCUCUCCCUCACUCAGCACGAGUCUCAGUUUACUUUCGAGCUCCCCUUCGCUGCUUGGUACUUCUACGAAUCUGUGCAUCGCCUUACCAUUACAUGUCCUCAUCUUGCCAUCCCGGAAUGGAUCUUCGAUGUCCCGGAGAUCUUCGACGGCCUGACGAGCCUUGUUAUUCAUUCAGUCAUCGAGACGGGGUGCCUACGCUCACUCUGUCGUUGCCUGGGGCAGCUGGAGCGCUUAGUGUGCAUCGCGCCCAAACGUCCAGCUUUCGCGACAGAGGUACCAUUCCAGCGCGAAAAUCUCCCACUCAGGAUGGAGUAUAUGCGCGAGAUGACACUUGGUCUUGCAGCCCAGCCUAAUACAGGAGAUUUUAUCUUGGCCCUUGAGCUUCCCGCGCUCCAGCACUUCCAUAUGCGGUUCCGGGCAUCAGACACAUCCUGGGCUCAGGAUAUACACCAGACUGCCGUUGACCUCGCGGCGGUGAUCCGGCCGCUCGCGCGACAUGCUCGGCAUGCGGAACUUCUGGCUCAUGAUCAGAAGGCGGUUUCUCUCGUACUGUGUCGUUCGCCAACAGACGAGCCGCUCGUGGUCGUCACGCUCGAGAUCGAGAAGGCGAGAAAGAGGACGAAGACACGCGCGCUGGAACUCUUUCCAGCUUUGUUGUCACUCAUCACACUCAAGCAAGUGCGGACCCUGGGGCUAGCAAGCGUGUACACGUCCCCGAAGUGGCGUGAGCUGCUAAGCUACUUGAAUUGUGUCGAGGAGGUAUUCUAUAUGCGCCCCAAAUCUUGGAAACACGUUGUUCAGGACUCCGAGCUUCUUGAAGCGCUUUGGGCAGGGCAAAAUGUUCCUCAGAAGGGCCUUGAAGCUGGUCACACUGGCCUGGUUCUACCAUCCUUGCGCACUAUGGUGUUUACAGGUCGAUCGAUACGCUUUUCUGGUCUACGCAACGACACUCCGGUGGCCAUCUUCGAUGACUGGGCCGAGCAUCCCAGCGAACAACACCUGUUUGAACUAUCACGACUCGGGGAUAAGGUCGGCUGGCUUGACCUCUCGCGACGCCGCGUGCAGUUCGUAUUUGAGGAUGUUGAGAUGCUUAAGAACGAGCUCCGUGUCGCCCUUGAACGGGGAGGUGGGAGGGAGGUCCUAAUGGACAGGUCACGGUUGAUAGUUAGAAGCGUCGCUUGA